AUGCCUGAACAACCACAACCAACGCGACCCGUCAACAGGACGAACGCCCUCAUGAUGCCAGAGAUCAUCGCCCUGGUGGGGCAGUACCUUCCCCUCUUUGUCCACCGCUUCGAGAUAGGCUGGGGCCGCGAGGGUAUCAUCUGGAGCCCCAAGACCCUUCGCGAUGCCGCCACGGUCUGCAGAGCCUGGCACAGUGUGUUGACAGGCGUCUUGUGGCACACCUACGAUCACGCCUUGAUGGUAGACAACGUUUCUCCCAAGGUCCUUGGCCGCAAUAUGCAUCUCGUCCGCCGCUUGUCGCUGAUGGAUGAGUACCUCAUGUGGCCCUAUUAUGAUCGCACGCCUCUCCAGCAAGCACUCAGCCGCUAUCAACAUAUCAGCUGCCUGGAGGUCUCUGAGGAAAUCUUUCUUCACCAGAGUCUGUCUGAGCUCAACGCGGAGAGCUUGUCCGAGCUCAAACUCACUGGAUAUGGCUUACGAAUGGGUGUGGCCAUGAUGCUCGCACAAUCUGAAGUGCUUGGAGCUGGCCCAGUACAAGUUUACACCCACGGACUGGAAGAGGCUGGUCACAGGAAAGCCUCAUCUCCGAAGCUGGUUGUUUUGGAGCGGUGUGUCUUAAGCGAAAUAUUCUCGGGUAUUAGACCGACCGAGGAACCCCCUCGAGGAGAAGACAUUGUGAUGGAAGACGCGGCGGAUAUCGGCACCCUCCCCAUCACUCACUUGGUCAUCAACGACAGAGUUUUCAGCUUUGCCUUGCGAGAGAUCUCCAUUUGCGCAUCUCCAGGCCUGAAGCAACUGGAGACUUCUCUUCUAAAGGUGGAAAGAAAUCAGAACUAUGCCGAACUGAUCCGGGAUCACUGUCAAGAGCUGGAGGUACUUGCGGUCCACAGCAAACAUAUGACCUGGACCCAAGAGAUGGUCAAGAAGAUGCCACAGUCUAUUCGAGAGUUGGUCUUGCAUCUUAAGCAUUAUCUUUUGGACGUUGCAGGGACCAUCGCCGAACGAGGAGCAUCACUUACCCGUUUGGAGCUGGAUUUUGCUGAAGAUUUCAUAGACUGGGAUGACCGUCAUCUUUCUAGGAUUGGGGAGAUCCUGCGAGGAUGUUCAGAGCUCCAAGAGUUUGUCUACCACCACCACAUCCAUGACCAUUUUGUCACCACCAAGUUGUUGAAGGACAAGUGGAAUCUCCCCCAUCUCAAGGCCCUUCGGCUGCACGGUUUGCAUCCUGACUGCAUCUACGUUUUAGACGCUCUUGCCUGUAAAGACGUUGGCCCUCAGACUCCAAACACGGUCCCUCUCGGUUGGAGACGUAAUAUGGGAGAGCCGUACUGCGACACCUGUUAUAUACAGAAGCGAGGAGAGGCCAUGGCAUUGAUGAAAGGGCGACACGCACCUUUUGAAGCCGUGCUUCUCUGUCAUGUUCAGAAACUGCCGAGUCUCUCCGAGGUCGUCCUCACAGAGAAUGUCUACAAGCGAUGA